CUAUUCACUUGCGGAACUGGACGAAGAAAAUGUUGCGUAAUAGACGCGUAAGAACCAGAUCAUAUAAACAAGGUUCGAACAGGAAGUCGGGUCAGAGUGAUGUCUAAGAAGGUGUUAAGGUUUCGGAUUAUUGACUUGUAUGGCAUUUGUUAUUGUUGAAAUGCGACGGACAGAACUACCGAUCGGAUGUUGACAACCCAACUAUUUUAACGACAUAGGCUCGACUGAAUAAUUCAGGAAGUCAGCUAUAAAACUGGCAGGAAUGUGAUAUUUCUGGCUGUCAAGGAGAAAACAAUGUGUUCCGCAGAGAGAAAUAUAGACCUUCAACCCAUAUUGUCCGACCCGAGUCUCAUCCUGGAGCUGAAGACAAGGCGCCCUCCGUCGCUGGAGGGACGGGCGGGCUGUGAGACGUGGAGUGUGGACUUUUCUCCGGACGGAGCGUGGUUCGCCUGGUCCAUGGGUCACGGGAUCGUAUGGGUCGUCGCUUGGCCCCUUGACUCCGAAGAGAGCCAGGCAGGUGAACUGGACAGAGGCGACAAGAGUUUCAGCUGCGGGGAGCCAGUGUGGGGACUUGCCUUUGGACCCAGACCACCCAAGUCCCCCGCGUUGUCCCAUAAAAACACACAGAGUAAAGGGGAUCGGUUACUCCUAGCCACGGGCCUUGAAAAUGGAGCGAUUAAAAUCUGGAAUGUUCUUACGGGUGGUCUUCUGUUUGAUCUCCGUGGCCACGAGGGAGUCGUACGGAAUCUGGUAUUUCCUCAGAACGGAAAACUAACCCUUGUUUCUACUUCUCGCGACAGGACGUUGAGAAUAUGGGACUUGAAACAUAAAGUUCCAAAGGUGCAGGUUCUGACGGGCCACAAGGACUGGAUCAGCUGCUGCUGUGUCUCCCCUGACUGCAGCAUGGUGGCUUCAGUGGGCCGCUUCGACAGAAUGGUGUGUCUGUGGAGCCUUCGGUCGUACACGUUCAUCAGGAACCUGACGGGGGCACCACACAAGACCUUCUACCUGCUAGCAUCAUGCCACUUCUCCCCCGACGGCGCGCUGCUGGCCACUGCCGCCUUCAGCGGCUCCAGCUGGUGGAUCGACCUGUGGGACCCUUACACUGCAGAUAAGCUGGCCACACUGGUCAACUACUGUGAAAUUUACGGGCAGAACCAGAUCUCUGCGAUCCAAUUCUCACAUGACGGUCUACACCUAGCAAUAGUCACAGAGGACAGGGCACUUCGUAUCUGGGAGCUGGGUCAGAAGGGGAUGGUGAUGCAGACCAAAGAGGACCGGGCCUCCAACGGACUCUGCUGCAACUUCCACCCGCUGGGCGGAGUGGUGGCCACCGGGACCAGAGACGGCCACGUCCGGUUCUGGAAGGUGCCCGCCGUGGUGCCCACUCUCUGCCACCUCUGUCGCUCCACCCUGCGUCUCUCGGUCUCCACCCACCAGAUGGAGGCGCUGCCCAUUCCCCGGCGAAUCCUAGAGUACCUCACUUACCGCAACAUUCCCGCCCGCCUGCAGACCCCAUGCUCCCCGGAAGACGACUGGGGCAGCUAAAGGACUGAAGGUCUAGCCUGAGGGAUGAAGGUCAGGGCUCAGAGCACGUCCAUGAGGUGGGGUUGGCACGGUCUUGGUGUCGGGUGUGUAUGCGGGUUACUCUUGUGUAUGCGUGUUACUCUUCUAGCCACUAUGACGACUUGGUAAUUAUUAGCACACGAGUAAUGACACAUCAGUUGUUAUUAGCACAUGAGCAAGGACGCAUCAUUGCAGCUUUUGGCGUAUCUUUAACUUACAGUAAGUGGCGAGGUUGUAGUUAGCUUGGACUUAAGAACCACUCAUGCUCUCUGAGAACACCGACAUCCUACUAAGCUCCUGGGGUCCUUAUGCAGAGGCUGUUCAUGGAUGCAAUGACAGCUAGGGGUGGUCAGGAAAAAACUAUGGUUCACUCAUCUUUGGACUGAUGCAAAGUCAGCGCUUUACAAUUUAGUGUGUUUACAUACUCUUAGAGUGGGAGUGUUUCAGUUAAAUGACAAGAUUUUAUUGCUUUUCUGCUAAUGCACACAUUGCAAUUUAUCGAGAUGUACUCCAUAAUUGCACUAAACAAAUUCUUGAUAUUCACACACACUUAAUAUUUCUAUGAUUAUUUAUUGUGUAAAUAAGAUAUACAAUUAUAUCAAAUCGUUUGUUUACAUUCUAAUAGAAUAAAAGCCAUUUUUUGGUUAUUUACCUCAUAAUCUACUUGUAAAUAAAUAAAAGAACAUAGGAAGGACAAAGUAGGAAAAGUUUAUUUUAGAUAUUCAACGUUUAAAAAACUGUAACAAAGUGUAAUUGUAUUAAAGACGAGGAAGAAAUUUUGUAAGCUUCCUGGUCUUAAAGUUCACCAUCUUGCAGAUAAAUGAGUGACUCUGCAACUCGGUACAUUCCAGUCCAUUUGUUUGUUUAAACACAUUCAGUCACCUCCAUGUCUACCUGGCAAAUCACUGGAACCUUGUUGGAAGGUUUCCCUUUCAUCCCAGUCAUUCCAUACCAUGCCAAGGUUCCUGGAAUGGGCCGACGUUAUUCUCAAAGUCUUCCUUAGGGGGGAACCGUCACACGUAUUGUGCAAAAACAAAACAAAGAACCUGCAACAUCAACUCCGUCUGGGCGCAUUUGGUACUUGUCAGCAAUAGACAAAAAAAUAAGUCUUCUUACUGAAACGCAGUGGCUGUUGAAUAACGCAAUGACUUCGAAACAUGCUAUGAAGCAGAACUUUUAUACGGAAAAAGCCAAGAGUGAUGGUUCCCCGGUCUGUCAACAUCAGUAGACAGAGUAGACUACUUGAGAGCCUCAGAGACCACUAGGUCUCGCACGGCCUGGAAGGCUGCCACCAUGGAGCUCAGCUGGAUCUUCUCAUUGGUUCCUGAGGCCAGCCUGUGUCUAAAUAGAGUGUGUAUGUGUGUGUGUGUGUGUGAGGGAAAAAUACAUUGUUAAUUCAUGUACCCUUGUUAUUUUGCUAUUUGUUUUGAUGUUCCUCAAGUUGUUGUCUGGCAUUAGUCUGUAUGUAAAACAAUGUGUCUCGUUUUUAUUGUGUUAUGUUUGACGAAUUUAACUUGUGUCUGAGUGAUGCAACUUACUCCACAUCAGCGAGUUUGAUGAGAAGACCCAUCCGUAUGGCUGGGGGGAAAUCAACUGCAAGGGUAAAAGGGAAACAAAACGUUUUUUUCAGAAUGGUUGACCUCACAAAACCACUCUGAAAACAUCAUAUAUAGAUUGUGUAUUUAUAAAGAUCAUAUAUAACGUAUGAGGAAAUAAAAAAAAUUGACCACUGGUGCUUUCUUAAAUUUUCCCCAAGAUGAAAAAAUCUAUACGAAUCCCACCGCUUCAUUUACAUCUUAAAACUUCUCUGAAGCAAAAACACACACAACUCCCCCUGCAACAAGAGGGCCAGUAGUCAUGGCAACAGCAGGGGGUCUCCCAGGAAACCGCAGCAAGGAAACAACAAGAGCUAGAAUGCAGACGUAACAAACAAAGCCUGGUCUGCUCUGUACAGUACCCUCUAGCUUAUGUUACGGCUCACAUCCAAACAGCCUGGUCUGCUCUGUACAAUACACUCUAGCUGAUGCUACAAACCAGCUCACACCCAUAUGGAGCUAGGUCUGCUGUUGUCUGGACGUGUCCGACUGAGUAGACUCUGGGGCUGGGUGAAGAUGCACACCACAUUCGGUGAUCAUGGCACCCAGGAUAAAUCAGCCAUCAGCACGGACACACACACUCAGGAGAGCUUUGACCUCACCCCACCUUAGCUGCAUGCAACAAACCUUCAAACUCUGCCUUAAAAUAAACUGGUCUCUCAACGUCAUCUCCCUGUGUUCUGGGGUUGCAGGAACCCAGUAAAGCCACCUAGGUGACGUGUGUUACAGUAACUACCUAAUGUUCAAUAAAUGUCCUUUCUACCAGUCCCACCGGGCCUUACCUCGGUGUACCAGCAGGUGGACUUCUGUAAGGAUGUCAUGGAGGGCCAAGCCUUUCAAGGUCUUCAGCUCGAGGAUCUCUGUCAGGACAGUGCUAAGGCCCAUUAUGCAGCAGCGCUUCGAGAUUUGUCAUGCUUUAACCCUCCAAAUAUUAGACUCCAACUCCCUUGAAAUAACCUCUUUGACGGUUAAUCAAUUUACCUUCAGGCGGUUUCAGGCUUUUUAUUUGGUGUACUGUUACUCUGGUUCUCUUGAACAAUAAUGUACGUCUGUACAUUAUGUACAGACGGACACCCCGUGUCUUCUCACAACAGGCUGAAGGAUACGUUGGUAGGCGGCGGUGAAGUCUUUGUUGAGCGACCAGUCGAGGAUGUUGGCGAUGUCGGAGCGGAGGGGGUGACCCGUGCAGGUGUACACAGUCUCCUCGGUGACCUUUCCAUACGCCAUACUGGUGCUCUGGGAGGUCAACACACAAACGUUUCUGUUGAGAUGUACUAAAUAUAUAUAUAUAUAAACCCCAAUGUACAGGUACAGUCUUGAGCAGGACGCCGUAAAUAUUUCUAAAAUGACACUUCCAAGUCACUUUGGAUAAGAGUGUCCGCUAUAUGACUUAACAAUGGGUGAACUAAACUGUGGUAGAAAGCCUUUCAUAGUACCUGCAGUAUGUUGAGCGAUCUUCUCAUGUCUCCGGACGACAAAGUCACGAUGCCCCUCAUGCCGUCGGGAGUUAUGUCGAUGCUGCCAGAACAACAAGGUUGUCAGCGCUUUGUAGAAAUACCUUUCCGAAAGUUCCAUCAAGCUCCAUGAGAUUAUCCUCGACCCCUUGCACAUUCUGGUUUCUCGCCUAGACUGUGCCGUCUACCCCUGCUACAUCAUAGUAGGACUGUUGGAUCCCAGGUUAGAUCAUUAUUAAGCAAUUCCCUGCUUCCUGGAUCAACCCAUUUAUUUGAUUCAUAUGAUCAAACUCACAGGUUAUAAAAUAACUCAACACUCUCCCGCCAUACUUAAACCCUCAUUCUACUUAAAUUAGUCGCCGUGGAUCGCUGCGCGGGUUUCUAGGUUAGGGCGGAACGAGGUUAAGGGUAAAUAAACUAAUAAGGUCAGGGUGACUAGACAGUGAAUAUACUGGGGGAGGUUAGGGAGAAUAAACUAGCGGAGGUAAGGGUGAGUAGACGAGGAAGGUUACAGUUAGGGUGAAUGAA